CCGGAGAGGAGGGGGGGAAGAAGACGGCGGCGAGGAGAGGCGGACGGAAUCGGUAGUAAAGGAGAAGACGCGAGCGCCCAGCCCGUCCCAGCUUCUCCUCGCCCAGGCAUCCAGGUUCGGGCUGCGUGCUUUUGGGAGCGCUCCAAUGCCUGGUCCUACUCAAGCGCUGUCCCCAAAUGGAGAGAACAACAACGACAUCAUCCAGGAUAACGGCACCAUCAUCCCUUUCAGGAAGCACACGGUGCGAGGGGAGCGUUCCUACAGUUGGGGAAUGGCAGUCAACGUGUAUUCUACCUCUAUAACCCAAGAAACUAUGAGCAGACAUGACAUCAUUGCAUGGGUGAAUGACAUAGUAGCUUUAAACUACACAAAAGUUGAACAACUGUGUUCAGGAGCAGCCUACUGUCAGUUCAUGGAUAUGUUGUUCCCAGGGUGUAUUAGUCUGAAGAAAGUAAAAUUUCAAGCAAAGCUUGAGCAUGAGUAUAUUCAUAAUUUCAAACUUCUGCAGGCAUCAUUUAAAAGAAUGAAUGUGGAUAAGGUUAUUCCAGUGGAGAAAUUAGUAAAGGGACGCUUCCAAGACAACCUUGAUUUCAUACAGUGGUUUAAGAAAUUCUUUGAUGCUAACUAUGAUGGGAAAGAAUAUGAUCCUGUAGAGGCUCGGCAAGGCCAAGAUGCAAUUCCACCACCUGAUCCUGGGGAACAGAUCUUUAACCUGCCAAAAAAGUCUCAUCAUGCAAACUCUCCUACAGCAGGAGCUGCCAAAUCCAGUCCUGCAUCAAAACCUGGCUCCACAUCAUCUCGUCCAUCAUCUGCAAAAAAAACACCUCCAAGCAGUUCGGUGUCUAAGUCUGAUAAAGAUUUGGAGACACAAGUCAUACAGCUCAGUGAACAGGUACAUUCAUUAAAACUUGCACUUGAAGGUGUGGAAAAGGAAAGAGAUUUCUAUUUUGGGAAGUUAAGGGAGAUUGAGCUUCUCUGUCAAGAACAUGGAGAAGAAAACAAUGAUCUUGUUCAGCGGCUAAUGGAAGUUCUCUAUGCUUCAGAAGAACAUGAGAGCCACACAGAAGAACAUGAAGGUGAGGAACAGGUUCAUGAACAGCCCCAGCAGCAGGAAGAAUACUGACCAUCUGGCACACUGGCUGUUUGAUUUUCUGUGGGAACUUUCUUUGGAAGAAUGGAAUGUGUGUGGCCUCAGACUUGAAACCAAUCACUCUCUGUCUGCCAUUAACAUAAUUGUACCAUAGUGAGUGUCAGCCAACUUGCCAAGAUGUGUUUUGCAGAAGUCUUCUAUCAGCAUUUGCACCUAAGAAGGUCUCCAAGCUUUGUUCCCAGUUUCUACCACUGCAACUUCACUAUCUGGCUGCUUGAAAUUUGUUCAGCUUUUAAAAAUAUAUAAAAAAAUAUUUUAUAUAUAUAUAUAUAUAUAUAU